AUGUCUGCAUCACCCACCAUCGCAGCUUCGUCGGCCAAGCGACCGCUUGAAGAGCCCUCCUCGCCUACCGGACCCAAUGAUCAACCCGAUGCCAAGCGCCCUGCUCUCGACAAGAUGCUCAAGGAGGAGGCACCCAACCCAGACGAUAUCGAUGUUGCCCAACCAGUCAAGGCUGAUGAUGUUGCCACUGAAGGCAUCACGCAGGAGGAUGUAAAGGUGGUACCUGAAGUGGCCGAAGCUGCUGUUGAAAACGGCGCCGAGACCAUCCAGACGGAUACUGUUGUCCCUGACGCUCCCUCCAUCCUUGAGACCCAGCCUAUCCAGUCUACAUCCGGUGCUAACGGCCGACCCGUGAACCACAACCAGCAGGUGGACGAGACCAACUGGUUACAUGUGCGUGCUUGCAUUGGCACCAGCGAGGCGGCUACCAUCAUUGGCAAGGGCGGAGAGAAUGUGACUCAGAUCCGUCGUCUGUCUGGCGCCAAGUGUACCGUUAGCGACUACUCCCGAGGCGCCGUUGAACGCAUCCUUACUGUAAGCGGCCAAGUUGAUGCUGUGUCCAAGGCAUUCGGCCUCAUUGUGCGCACUCUCAACCAGGAGGAUCUCGAGACCCCUUCUACCUCCACCUCCAAGGCGUACCCCAUGCGCCUUCUCAUCCCUCAUAUCCUCAUUGGCUCUAUUAUCGGAAAGGCUGGUGUCCGCAUCCGUGAGAUUCAAGAGGCAUCUAACGCUAAGUUGAACGCAUCUGACACACUCCUCCCCAACUCUGGCGAGCGUUCGUUGAUCGUUCUGGGUGUUGCUGACGCUGUGCACAUUGCUGUGUACUAUGUUGCCCAGACUUUGGUCGAGCAGCUGACCGAGCGAUUCGGUGGACCCGCCGCGUCUCAAUAUGCGACCCGUAGCGGUAUGGCUGCCAACGUUGUCCCAGGCGGCAUGUCUGUUCAGCCAUACGUUCCCCAGCCAGCUGGAGGUCAAUACUCUCACCCGCAGAACUUCCGUCGUCAAGAACCACCCCAGCGAACCCCCGCUCAUGGAGGAUAUGGUGCUCCCCACAUGCAUGGACAGCCUCCUCAACAAUCGCCAUAUGGACACCCUAACAUGCCCUACGGAGCUGGCUCGCCUAGCCGUGGCCCCUACGGAGGUCCUGCAGCGCCCACCCCUUACGGUGGCCAUCCUGCUGCAGCGCCCGUUGCGCAUGGUGGUGCUGCUGCUCCUCAUGCAGCAGUUGGGGGUAUGCCCGGUCAACCUCUUACCCAGCAGAUUUUCAUCCCCAACGACAUGGUCGGUGCCAUUAUCGGCAAGGGUGGUGCGAAGAUCAACGAGAUCCGCCAACUCAGUGGUAGUGUCAUCAAGAUCAACGAGCCCACUGACAACAGCAAUGAGCGCCUUGUCACCAUCACGGGUACACAAGAGUGUAACCAAAUGGCGCUAUACAUGCUGUACUCGCGACUUGGUUAG